AUGCCUCGCCACGCGUCUGACCCUGUUAUUCGCUCCCCCGGCUUGUCAUUUUCCUCCGAUAGCCGUGGCACUCAUUUUCCUCAGUGGAUGCUUGACUUGAAGGGGACAAAGGUCAAGGGCGGCCUUCGUCUUGGUGAGGUUCUCGGGACUGGGGCUUUUGGAGUCGUUUAUAUAGGGGCUGGAUCGCAACUUCCCGACAAUAGGCCUGUCGCUGUUAAGGUUCUGUCUGCUGCUGGUAUUGGCUCAGAGCGUCGUCGCCAGAUAGAACACGAAAUGCCCAUCACUCUCGCGUUUCCGAGCACCCGAACAUUGUUACACUCCACAGUGUUUUCGUUGAUCAAAUGGCUUACUAUGCUGUUAUGGAUCUUUACACUGACGGAGACUUGUUCAAGUGUAUCAGAGGACGAGUUUUACUUUGGUAAUGAUGCCAUGAUCAAAAAGGUUUUCGUCCAGUUGCUCGAUGCUGUUGAGUUUUGCCACGCGAAGGGGGUUUACCAUCGCGACCUCAAGCCUGGAAAGAAAUACAAUUUUGCUGACCGACUUGGACUUGCAACCCGGGACACAUUUAGUCAAGACUUCAGGUGUGGAAGCGAAUUUUACAUGUCUCCUGGCAAGCCCCUCUCCUUCUAUAUCUUCCACGAGAGCUCAUACAUCUUGAUAGAGUGUAUUGGGUUUCCCAAAAUCAGAGCCUACUCGACCGUGCAUAACGAUAUCUGGGCAUUGAUUCUAGGGAGAAUUCUUGUGAAUUUGACUACUGGCCGGAACCCUUGGAAACGCGCAGAGUUACAAGAUGAAGGAUUCGGUUUAUUUUAUGAAGAUCCUGCAGGAUAUAUUGCGGACACGCUUCCUCUCUCUCGCGAUGCGCUUGUUUUGCUCUUACACAUAUUCCGGAUCCCCUUCAAAUCUCGGAUAUCGAUAUCUGGAAUACGUGCCAACAUCACUAAAAUUGAUCAACUCCUGCUUACUCCGGCAGAGGCCGCUUUUGCACCACAUACUGCUCGGCAGAGUGCUAGGCAUUUAUUUGACAUUAUCGCUGCUCGACGUCCCCACCUACUCAUUGAGCACUACGAGGAUAUAUGCGCUUACUUUCCGGACCUGGCGAGAGGAUCUGGCGCUGCCAGUGAUGGCCCUAUUACUCCGGAUACGCAUCCAACUCAUGUUCCGGAUGAUGUACCCGAGGUAGCUCUGGAUGUAGCUGAAGCCUUGGUCGAGGAAGUGGAAGACAAGAUCAAUGGGCCUGACGACCACCCAACGCCUAGAAGUUUCGCCAUGUCGCUUUCCACUGACAUGACACGCCCCAUUGAGGACUCAAAUGAUGCAGAGCCGCCUCCCAAACGUAUGAAGUUGCAUAUCGACUCUGAUCCCGGACCGUUGGACACUGUUUCCAACAAAACUUACGACGUGAAGAAUUUGUUGCCUCCUAGCACAACCUUGCUCGGACGUCAGGCUCUGAAUGACUAUGUGUUUCAAGGAUCAGAAGGAUGUUGGAAAAUGAGUAUCAGCUGUGAUAUCACCAGCAUUGAAGGUAUCAUUAAGCAAAGAUUUGGAGGGAAUGUGGUCCAUGUCUGUGAACUAGGGAAGCCGGAAAGUCCAAAAGCACCGGUAGCUCAAGAAGUUGUUUCAGAGGAAAUUGAAACUGCGAGCGGGCAAUGGGAUGCGAACGUGGAUGCAAACUCUCGGAAACUGUUAUCCGAGGAUGUUCGCAUGAAACUAAAGCAGCUAUACGACGAAGGACCGGAACCUCCUUUAGGUUUGAUAAGUGAUAGCGGAUGGGAGGGUCGGCCAAAGGGUGAAGCACGGUCUGACGAAGUAAACUUGAAUACCGAGGAAAUUGGCCAGCUUUCACAAGCGGAUAACGGCAGAGGAAGAGGAAGGGAGGGCGAGGGCGAGGGCGAGGGCGAGGACGGGAGCGCGGAGGAGUACAGAGGGAAGAUUUGA